AUGUACACCGCAGGCCUGGUCGCGGCACUUCAGCAGCAAACCUGUUGUGUCUUCAACAGCAGCAUCAAAUCCAUUUCCCCGUUCGGAGUCUUCCCCCACGCGAGACGCAGCAGCAGCAGCAGCAGCAGCAAGGCCUGCAGCACCAGCAGCAGCAGCGCCUGCAGCAGCAGCAGCCCGCCCACCCCGCUGCUGCUGCUGCUGCUGCUGCUGCUGCGCGGCAGGCACUGCCCGGAGGCGCGCAGCAAACUGGAAGCAGCAGUAGACGCUGUGCUGCAGCAGUACCCGCAGCUGCAGAAGUGCUUCGGGCUGGAACUUUUCGAUCUCCGAAUUGCUGCUGAUUGGGACAAAGGCACUGCUGUCCGCUGGAUACUCGAAGCUGUCGGCAUCGACCCCUACAGCCCGGCGGCCCCGCAGCAGCGGGAACUGCUGCAGCAGGGAAACCAGCAGCAGCAGCAGCAGCAGCAAAACUGCACAACGCGUACCCCGAAGUCCCGCUGCUGUUCUAUAGAGCCACGGACUUCUCCACCAGCAGCAUAA